AUGCAUUCUUUUAAGAUCAUUAUCAUCUCCCUGGCCCCUGUACUGGCGAUGCCAGCAACAAGCCCACGUGGCAUCGACGCUGAAGAGCCAUUCGACUUUGGACAAGGCUUCCUGGUCCCUGCCAACGUUUCGAUUGACGACUAUGAUUUUACUCCCAUGAUCUCACUGUCUCAUCUCAACAUACGCGACCUUAAAGCCUUGGAGGAACCUCUCGCUCCUAAAAUGGGCAAUAUCACUGAAUUUGAUCUCGAUAUUCGG